AUGUUGCUUCAUCGAGCUGUAAGCCGUGCCGUCGGUGGUCUGCGGGGAAUACGGCCACGCCCGGAGCUGGCCCGUACGCAAGACCUGACGAGCACUGACACCACACCAAGGCUAAUCCAUCCUCGAUUGAGCUCGUCGUGGAGCAAGGUCCUAGCUUCCAAAGUCGUGGAGAUCGACGAAAACGACCUCGAGGAGAAGUUUGUCAAAGGAGGAGGCAACGGCGGCCAAAAGAUCAACAAAGUUCGCAACUCCGUCUUCCUCAAGCACAUUCCCACGGGGCUCUUUGUACAGUGCCAGAAAACGCGCUCCCUUGACGACAAUCGCCGGGUCGCACGAAAGUUGCUGCAUACCAAGCUCGACGAUUUCGUCAAUGGCACCGCGAGCACGCGCAAUGCGAAGAUCCAACUUGCACAAAAGAAGAAGGCGAAGAAGAAAGCAAAGUCCAGGCAAAAGCACUUGAGUGCUGCGGCGAAACGUUUCUCGUGA